AUGUUGCAGUUUAAGCUUGUGCUUUUGGGGGAUUCGUCCGUUGGGAAGUCUUCUAUAGUGCAUCGGUUUGUUAAGGAUUCGUUCGAUGAGUUCCGGGAAAGUACGAUUGGAGCGGCAUUUUUGUCGAGGACGAUUAAGUUGGCAGAGUAUGAUGAUACUAUGAUAAAGUUUGAGAUUUGGGAUACUGCUGGACAGGAACGUUAUAAGUCGUUGGCGCCGAUGUACUAUCGGAAUGCGAACGCGGCGUUGGUGGUCUACGACGUUACACAGGAGGAUUCUUUGGCGAAGGCGCAAAGUUGGGUGAAUGAGUUGAAAAGCAAAGUUGGGGAUGACGAUCUGGUGAUUUGUCUUGUGGGUAAUAAGGUUGAUCUUGCGGAGGAGGACUCUAAGAGCAAAGUAAUUGAUGAGGAUGAUGCAAAGGACUAUGCGGAGCAGCAUGGGUUAAUUUUCCACGAGGUUAGUGCGAAGAGUGGGAGGGGGGUUAUUGAAGUGUUUCAAAACAUUGGUGAGAGGUUGUAUUUGCAACGGAAGGACUCGUUGGCUGCACAGUCGCAGCAGCCUUCGAACAUCCAGCUACAAAGGCCAACCACAAAUGACGCUACCUCGUGCUGCGUUUAG